AUGUCCACAAACAGUGACAGUGAGUCAUUCUCACCCAAUCUACUUGCCAUCAUCGUUAAUCAAUAUCUCUUGGACAACAACUUUUCCACCACCCACUCCUCCUUCUCUAAAGACGCUCUCUCUCUUUUGGUUAACACUCAGGCUUCGGAGCGUUUUCUAAGCUUGGAGAAGAUGUUGGAUGAGUAUACAUGCUUGAAGGAACAUAAGGCAUUACUGGAUCAAGAAAGGGUAGCAGUAAUGCAAGAGAGAAACAGGAGUCAGAUUCUAUUGCGACACAUUCAGAAUGCCAUGAACACGCACAACACUUUUCCAAGGCCACCCCCACCGAAUGUUGCCGUGAUGAACGCAAAUAAUGCAAUGGUUCCUCAACCAGGAGCUUGUUCCCAAACUCAUCCAGGUGUUUCUACCGUUAGUACUACUCCUCUUCCUUCGCCAAAUGUGUUUAAUAUAAUGUCACUACCCAUGCCUGUCAAUACCAAUGUGGGAACAGGAAAUUUGUCUACACCCAUGAUCAGUGCAUCUGACAGGAAGAGAAAAGAUAGUGAAGCAGUGGGCCUCCCAGCUGCUUCAAAGAAGCCUCGUGGUAGACCUCCCGGUAGAAAAAAUAAUGUUCAAGGUCAAUCAUCAGUCGUGAAGGGAUCCGAGGUUCAAGGAUCCAGUGUUGCCAAAUGCUUGUUGAAUCAACAUUCAUUUUCUGUUCCAAUCAAAUCACCAGAGACACCUCCAGCUCCAGCUCCCAGGGCAGAUUCUUCUCCCAGUGGUACACAUGUUUCUCCUAUCAAGACUUCUCCAGUGAAAACAUGUAAUGCGGAUGCUACUCCCACUGUGAUUUCAAUACCGAAAGUUACAGUUAACCCUUCAAAAGAAAUGGCUUAUACAGAGGGAAGUAGUUGCAUUUCUCCUGUCAAAGGUGACUCAGACAAAGCAAAUGAGAGGGAUGAUGUAAGGAGCACAUUGGAUAAUGUUGACACUUCUGACAGGCCUCAGAGCUUGGACAAACCAUUUUCUAACACUGCUGACAUUGAUUCAAGUGAUAUAGAUUUCUUUUUAGAAAACAUUGAUUUUUCUGACCAACCAUAUCCAACUUGGUUAUCUAAUAUGUAUACGAAGUAA